GGCAGCACACACUUACCCUGCUGAAAACUCAUUCAUCAUGCGCUGCACUCCUAUCGGGGCUAAUGUUAGCUAUUGGCCUCACGGCUUGAAUAUCAGCAUGUCCAGUAACGAUUAAAUAAGCAGGUCGUAAAGUCGUUUACUUUAUCAGCUAAUAUAUACACAUUUAUCUGGCUUCAGCGACACUUUUCCUGCUUGGUUUAUGAGGAACACGAUCGUGUUAUGGAGGUCAGCCGAGCGGUUAUCUGUCAACAGUGUCCCAGUAAAACGAGCCUGUUUUGACAGAUACCUGUUUGUUUUGUAGCGCUGAACAUCUCAGGUGAACCAUGCCAGGUAAAUUAAAAGCCAAAAUUGUGGCAGGGCGCCACUUGCCUGUGAUGGACAGAGCCAGUGACCUCACUGAUGCGUUUGUAGAGGUUAAGUUUGGAAACACAACUUUCAAAACUGAUGUCUUUCCAAAGUCUCUCAAUCCACAAUGGAACUCAGAAUGGUUCAAAUUUGAGGUUGAUGAUGAGGACUUGCAGGAUGAGCCGUUGCAGGUUACUGUGUUGGACCACGACACUUACAGUGCUAACGAUGCCAUAGGGAAAGUUUACAUUGACAUUGACCCGCUGCUGUGCACUGAGGCUGCCUCUGUCAUCUCUGGCUGGUUUCCAAUAUAUGAUACCAUCCAUGGUAUCAGAGGGGAGAUCAACGUCCUCGUCAAAGUGGAGCUGUUUAACGACUUGAACCGAUUCAGACAGUCUUCCUGUGGGGUCAAGUUCUUUUGCACCACAUCUAUUCCAAGGUGCUAUCGGGCGGCGAUGGUGCAUGGGUUUGUGGAGGAACUUGUGGUGAAUGAGGAUCCAGAGUACCAGUGGAUUGACCGUAUUAGAACUCCUCGGGCGUCAAACGAGGCCCGUCAGAGACUAAUCUCUCUUAUGUCAGGAGAGCUGCAGAGGAAAAUAGGGCUCAAGGUGCUGGAGAUGGGCGGGAAUGCAGUGGUGGGCUACCUGCAGUGUUUUGAUCUGGAGGGAGAGUCUGGGCUGGUGGUCCGGGCCAUAGGUACAGCCUGCACACUGGACAAACUGAGCUCAGGAAGUGCUCCCAACACCAACACAUACACACCCUAACACAGCCCCUGCUUCCAAUGCCUGCAAUUCCCCUUCCAAGGACGGAAAGGAGUCUCCCCUUGCCCACGGAUGCCGCUCCACCCACAACAGCCCCGUGCAUUCAGCCUGCAACUCCCAGAGACUGUCCCAGAACUUCUCUGUCUCUGUUCCCACUCUCAU